CUGAAAACUUCCACCUGAGGCCGUCUCAUAGUGAAACUUUUCAACAGCAAUAUCGCCAGCCUGCCAAAAAAUGUUUGCCGUGCCAGGCUGGUCGCUCUCGGCGGACAAGCUGAAGACGGAGACGGCGGCGUCGCCGUCCACCGCGACGACCGCCACAUCGGCCUCCGCGCCGUCCAAAAAGAGGAAGAGGCCCAACAAGGGCCCCGGCGGCGGCGAUGUGACUCGUGACAACGUCGCCGACCUCUGGGCCAGGGUCAUUGAGCACAAGGAGCCGCCGUCGUCGUCGUCGUCGGCCGCCUCCAAGGCCCAAAAGGACGCCAGCAGGAAGCGGCAGAAGGCGAACAGGGCGGACCGCAAAGUCGCCCAGUCGGCGGCGGCGGCGGCGGACCAGGCUCAGCCGGCGCCGCAGCCGUCGUUGGGCCACGAGCCCAAGGCUGCGCGUGAGCCGGCGGCACCUGCUGGCGCUGCGCCUGCUUCAUUAAAGGCCGAGGGUGAGCCUGAAAAGCCGCAGAAGAAGAAAAAGGACAAGAAGAAGAGUAAGAGGGACGGGAAGGACGGCGGAGACGAAGCAAAAGACAGCAAGGACGCCGUCUCCUCCGAGCCCGAGCAGAAGCCGGCACCAGCACCAGCACCAGCACCCACACCAGCCCCGGCCCCGGCCCCGGCACCGCCAAAGCUCACGCCGCUGCAGGCCUCGAUGCGCGCCAAGCUCAUCUCGGCGCGGUUCCGGCACCUCAACGAGACGCUGUACACGCGGCCGUCGGCCGAGGCGUACGAGCUGUUUGGCGAGUCGCCCGACAUGUUUGCCGAGUACCAUGAGGGCUUCCGGCAGCAGGUCAACGUGUGGCCCGAGAACCCCGUCGACGGCUACAUUGCCGACAUACGCGCCCGCGCCGCCGUCCGCCCGCCGCCCCAGCAAUCGUCCCGAGGCGGUCGGGGCGGUUGGGGUGGUGGCAGCAGAGGCGGACGGCAGCAGCAGCAGCGCCAAGCCGCAUCUUAUGAGGCCUCGGCCGCGGGCGGGGCCGAGCCGCUACCGCGGACGGCGGGCGAGUGCACCGUCGCGGACCUGGGCUGCGGCGACGGCCGGCUCGGCGGCGAGCUCCAGGGCCCCUCGGCCGAGCGGCUCCGGCUGCGCGUCCUCAGCUUCGACCUGCAGAGCCCGGCCCCCCACGUCGUCAAGGCCGACAUGGCGGCGCUCCCGCUCGCCGACGGGUCCGUCAACGUGGCCGUCUUCUGCCUCGCCCUCAUGGGCACCAACUGGCCCGCCUUUGUCGAGGAGGCCUACCGCGUCCUGCACUGGAAGGGCGAGCUGUGGGUCGCCGAGAUCAAGAGCCGCUUCGCUGCCCCGGCCCGCAGCAGCGGCGGCGGCAAAGGUGGCGGUGGCGGCGGCGGCGUCGUCGACCACAGCGUCGGUAACCGCCGCAAAAAGGCCGCCGCCACCGCCACCGCCGGAGCUAAAAAGGCCCUGGCCGCCGACGAGGCCCGCGCCGCCGCGUCGCAGGCCGAGGUGCUCGCCGUUGAAGUGGACGGCGCCCAAGACCGUCGCGCCGCCGAGACGGACGUGUCGGUCUUUGUCGACGUGCUCGCCCGCCGCGGCUUCGUGCUGCACGGCGGCGGCGACGCGGCCGUCGACAUGAGCAACAAGAUGUUUGUCAAGAUGCGCUUCCUGAAAGCCGCCGUCCCGACCGUCGGCAAGUGCGUGCCCAAGGAGAAGCCGCAGCCGCAGCCUGCAUCGGCCGGCCCCGGCGGGCUUUCCAAGAAAAAGUUCAUCGACACGACCGAGCCCAUUAGCGCGGCUGACGAGGCCAAGGUCCUGAAGCCGUGCAUGUACAAGCUCCGCUGAGCCCACGCCUUUUCGAGGCCAGUAUCGGACGCGCCGGCUGCGUUCACGAACCCAGGCACACAUACCCACCAAAGCACCCACUCGGUCAGAUAGGAGGCAAGUUGAUUCUUCAUGGCCAUCAUGUGUAUUACAAAGCUCUUAUGCAAGCCUGAAAUUAUUAGUUCUGUCUCUUUUGCCUUCUAUCUCAUUUUCGUAUACCGCCGGGAUGUGCUAGACUAGCCAGAAUCUUCCAAUGUCAAAUUGUAUUUCCGUAAUCGGCGGAAAAUAGACAAAGAGAGAACAACAGAAGGAAAGCCAUGCGUGACCUUUGGUUACUCGAGAGCAGGCAGCUCUCAGCAUGGGAUACAGCGCCGAGACACGCCAAGGGCCCAAAGAUGGCCUAGAGAAAAGAUGGGUGCCGGGCAAUUAUUUUCAAGAAGGUCUCAUCUGUAAUGUUCCAACGUCCGAUGGCCCUUCACCCUUGGAAAAGGCGGUUGGCCGCAUAGUCAAGGUUGCCCCCGGUAGCCGUCAGAGCUUGA